AUGUUCAUCCCGAAAAGUAUAUCCAAUGGCGCUCCUCCCGAGCCACGCUCGCGACUCACCAAUAAUCCGACACUCCUGUUCAGCUGGUGGUGCACCUGCUUUUCUCUCGUCAUCAUUUUACUGCGUCUCGGUGGUCGUUAUGUGCGCAUUGAACGUCUGUUCCGAGAGGACAAGGUCAUGGCAUUGAGUAUAAUACCUCUUUUGAUCCGGAUGGCGUGUAUACAUGUGGUCUUGAUCAGUGGGACCAACAACGUCAACACGGCCGGCAGGACCGUUACCGAUCACGAGAUUGAUAGCAGGAUGCUGGGCUCGAAGUUGGUACUGGUUGCCAGGAUAUUCUACGCCAUGUUUGUCUGGACCGCAAAGUUCACUGUUUCGGAGUUCCUUAAACGACUUACAGAACGAUUCUGGAAGAAGAACUAUGACGUCGUAUUGCGCUGUAUCAGAGCCUUUCUAGGAGUUACCUUCAUUUGUGUUGUCAUAGCUACCUUUGCCGAAUGCCAUCCUUUCGAUCACUAUUGGCAAAUCGUUCCGGAUCCAGGCCCAAGAUGUCGCCAAGGCUAUGCCCACCUUAUUGUUAUGGGUGUCACUGAUAUGAUGACCGAUAUCCUCAUCAUAGUCUUUCCAAUUCCCAUCAUUAUCAGAUCGGCAAUGGCGCCAAAACGCAAAUUUGACCUUGUUAUGCUUUUCAGCAUGUCAGUCAUUCUUAUUGGCAUAACUGCGGCCAGAAUACCCAUGGUCAUCGAUCAUCUUGGAAGGCAGCAAUAUCGCACCGUCUUUGCCUCAGGAGAAAUCUUAGCAGCAACUGCUGUUUCAAAUGCCGUCAUCAUUGGAUCAUUUCUCAGAGAUCGUGGAGUGAAAAAGAUCAAGAAAUACAAGUUCGGCUCUGUGACGGACAGUAUGGAACGGACCGCAUCGAUUGUACGGCCUGCACUAACUGCGCAUCACUGGGGCAGCGACGAAGACUUGAUACGGGGUAUGGGUAUUAGGCUAGAUCCAUCGCUUCAUGCGAAUCGCAGCAAUGGUCCUAGACCUGCACCGAUGGGCAUGCCAGCUGUACCCGAAGGCGAAGUUGGAUUCAUCAAAGAUGCUUGGACGUUCCGUCACCAUGAUGGCAUUCGCGAUAGCGAAGAAUCAGAUCUGCGAAUUAUGACUGCGGACCCAAAUCCGAGCCCAACAGAUAUAAGACGUGCCAAGAAGCGCAGUAUGUCAUUUUUCGAUGUUGGAGGGCUAUUGGAGGACUCUUCUCUCCCCUCGAGCACUGUAGUUCCUUCUCCGACUAGCACGACUAGCGCUCAGGAUUGGGCAACAAUGCCACGUAGAGGCUCAAGAGUUCUUCUACACGAUCUUGGAGGACUCAUAGCGCAUCAGAAUGGCAACGGUCAUGGUACCCCUCGACAAAAUCCUCGAAGCCAUCCAAGCGAUAGCCAGACUUACGAACUAGGCUUUCGAAUCCCAGACGCUAUAAACGAAACUGGCACAUUACCAUUUACAGGAACUAGUCCAGGUCCUGAGCCCUUAGACAGCACACCUACCCUGCGUGAUGUUGGAGGCCUCUUGGAGGCGGAAACGAAGAUUGCUCAGCACAGCCAUCCCGUGACUAGUGUCUCCUCCAUCACAGCAGUCAACCCUCGCUCGCCGACUUCAGACACCCACCUGUCAGUUCCCGCAUCGGCGCAAUUUCAACUAAAGAAUGGCCCGGAUAAUGGGAGCGCCCCAUUUUCAAGAGAUGGUUGA